AUAAUGCGAACAUCUGCUGGCUCCCCUUUGAAUAAGCAAUGCAAAUUCACAUAUUGACACCAUUAACCGUUACUAUCUACAUUUGAAUUCGUAUCAAACUACCACAGCCGGUCUAGCAAAUAUUUCACAAAUAUACGCGGCUCGCACUUGUCGAUUGUCGACGGUCGCGUGGUUCACAUACAUACUUGCAAUAUCUCUUGGUACUGGAUUUUUCUGUUCAACAGUUCAACGCUUCGUUUAAGAGGUUUAUUUUAUUCCAGUAUAAUUGAGUACAGCACUCAACAGUCGUACGAAAAUCGUAAGCUUUUAAAACAAUAUAUAAUUGGAUCCAUUAACUGCUAUAAGAAAUCCAUUCGGAAUGUAUAUGACACCUGUUAUAUUUAUUACAUUGGCUUGCCUCAGCUUUUCUCGAAGUUCCGAGGACGAGGAAAACAGCAGAAUGGCUGGAAGGAACAUGCAGUCGGCUAUGGACAAAGUAAUGAACAUAGUACAAAGCGUUGCAGGUCGUAAUCCCGCCGCCGAGUCGACAGCGGGGAACGGCGGUUCACUGAUUUCUCAGUCCGGUGGCCCAACUGAGAGCCUCUCCUCUACUGCAGGACCCGUAACUCCCGAUUACGCUGUCGUGAAUCCAAAACCGGUCCAAAGUCCAGGAUCCAAUGUCAAAAUCCCGGAGAGCGGCUGUUGUUGCAUGGACUACAUCCGAGAAUUUUGCGAAGGUUAAUAAUAUCGUUAUCAUGUGGUAUGUUUCGGUCAUCGGUCGACUUUUUGUUUUUCGAUUUUUUUUUUUUUUUUUUGUAAUAUUUUUGUUGCUAAUGCAACAACAACUUCGAUAACAUAUCGAGAAACGAAAAGUCGUUACGAUGUAUGUACGGGUUUUGAGUUUAGUUGAAACAAUAAAUAAAUAAUUAUGCAUUGUA